AUCGACACCUAGCAGCUGCUUGCUUAUAUUUUGUCUACCUGGUAAUUUAAUGUGUGAAUUUAAGUCAUUAAUAAACUUAAAGCCCAUGUAAUUAUGCACGGGACUGCAAAAAUAAGUAACAAACUCCAAGUGACCGCUAUUUCACCCUGAAUUGGCUGGCACACUUUGUCAAUAAAAAACAAUAACAAAACUCUGUGCUGAGUAAGCAGCGAAAGUGAUUGCAGCAAAGUCCAAUCACUAUCACUCGCUUUCCAUGGAGGACAGUGCAUUAGUGCCGAAGGCGGGCAAUCGCCCCAUGCCGCCCGAGGAACUGGCCAUGCAGGCGCUAACCAAACAGCUGUACAAAUCCCGCCUCUUCCGCGGUUACUACCUGGAGCGCUGCUUUGUGGAGCAGGUGGGCGGUUACCGGGACGUGGUGGUUUUGCAACGCAGCGAGCGGGAGCUAGAGAAGCUGCUUCACUCGAGCGCCGGUCAGCUGCAGAAAUUCUACCAGCGUUUUGUGCCUAAUAUGUGGGUGGGCAUCACCUGCGGCAGCUAUGGCAGCUAUAAGCACACACCGCAUCCGGGUCAACUGGAGACCUGCAUCUGGACGGAAACGAGUGACCUGGCCUUUGGAGAGUACUGGUUCAGCAUAAAGACCCUGCGCUUCAGGGAUCAGGAAGUCCAGCUGAAACUAAAGAUGGUGCGGCCGGUGGAACCCGAGCCAAUGAUGACACCAAGGCGCUCUCUGUCCCUCAAUCGAAGUAACCCCACCAAAGCAAUCACAGCGGGCGAUGGCUCCUCGAAUGCCGACGAGGUGGCUGAGCAGCUACAUUUAGGCCUCAAUGAUUUUCUGGACGUGUUGCAGCAAUGGGGCGAUGGGGUCAAGAAAACGGUUUACGAUUUCAUGGCCAACGAUGUCAACAAGAGGAACAUUAUGGGCACCAUUCGGUUUCUAGGCCUGCUCAUCUUCUCUGCUUUGGGUGGAGCAGCAAUGGCCCUGAAAUUCCUCGGCGUUUUUGCUGUGCGCUUCCUCUUCGAGUUGAGCCGCUUUACCCACACCGCCACUCCGAUAGUGUUUAAGCUUAUCGAGUUUCUGAACAAAAUUGUGGGCGCUUUCUUCAUACUCUUGACUAUGAUUUGGAAAGACAUUGUCAAUCGCGGCCAGCCGGUACAAAAGCAGCAGCUAGAGGCGAAUAGUCGCUUCAAGAGCAUUGAAUACGAGCGCUCCGAGCCGCACCGACGAAGUCCACGCUGGUGACCCCGAAGCAAAUAUCUCUAGGUAAAUUUGUGUAAUUAGUCCAGGGUGGAAGGGCAACGAUAAAUCAUUGAAAUUGUGUUAUUAGCCGUAAGCCAACCGAAGCCAAUCCCAAACCCCGCUUCGAGUUUGAAGGUAUUUGCUCCGCAAAUAUGGGGGCGCCUAUGAGAUUUCCAGAUUUUAGCCAAAUGCAAUAUUGUAAAUUAUAUGAUUGGUCUGCCACUGGCAAACAAUCGCAUGCUUAUUAACUCUCACUGUUAAUUCAUUGUGUAUUGUCCAAAAUUUGUUUUAUUUAAUCCGUUUAGUGUAAGGUCCUGUAUUUAAUGUAUCGAAAAUUAUUGUGAAUAAAUUGAAUGCAAUAUGCGAAAGUCGAAAUGAAA